AUGUCUGUCGCAUUCUCGCCCGACGGCAGCCAAAUUGUCUCUGGAUCCGAUGAUCAAACAGUGCGGCUGUGGAAUUUAGAGACGGGGAUACAGAUUGGACCCCCGCUCCAAGGUCACAAGCGUUCCGUUAAUUCGGUCGCUUUCUCGCCAGACGGCCAUCGCGUUGUUUCUGGAUCCUCUGAUACCACGGUGCGCCUGUGGGAUGUAGAUACAGGCGCACAAAUAGGGUCACCACUCGAAGGACAUAAAAAUUGGGUUCGGUUGGUCGCAUUUUCGCCUGACGGUCAAACCGUUAUUUCUGGAUCUGAUGACAGGACAAUACGCCUGUGGGAUGUCGAGACGGGGCGCAAAUUGAUCCCCGCUGGGAGGACAUGCGCGUUUCGUUACCUCAGUCGCUUUCUCGCCAGAUGGUCGGCGCCUUGUUUCCGGAUCCUAUGA